GCUAUGUUGGUUGUUUUAAGUUUGUACAUUGUUAUCUGGCCAGUUGAUUAUGGGUGCUUCGGUGAGUACGCCUUCGAUUCUUCUACUCAGGUCGCCUAUGUGACGCAAAACCUUGUUUGCGGAGAAGAUUCAUUACAGUCCAGACGGAGUGUACAAUCGAUGGCGCGCUAUGAUGACCAUCGUGAUUAUGGUCGGGAUGAACAACGCAGUUAUGGAGGUGACAGACGGGGUUACGAUAGUGACCACCGAGAUGAGCGGGAAAGUGGAGGUGAUCGACAUAAUUUUGAGCGUGGAGCGAGACGCGGCCCGAUCAACGUCCCCGGGCCGGACGGGUCAGGGGGACAAUGCGCGUGCUGCAAAUUUGGAACCGCUGCAUUCCAAGGUUGUGGAGAUUGGAAAGAGCGUAGCAGCCGUAUGUCAGUUCGUCGAGAUCGAACGGGAAAACAAAGCAGCCAAGGAAAAAUGGAAGGCUGACCGCAAGGAAGCUGCGGAGCGUCUGGAAAACGAGCGAAGGGAAGCGGAGUUGAAGAAGAAACGAAAGGAGAAGAAACUUCGACAGGAAGCCGAGCGAGUUGAAUCUAUGAAGAAGGAACUUGAUAUCAAGGUAGCCAUGCAGGGUAAACAAAAGCAGGUAUGCCACGGGAGCAGUGACUCUGGAAGCAUCGCCAAUAGCAGCGAGACGGAGGAGAUCAACACCAAGACACGUAACCUCAGCAUUAGUGAGAAGCGUAAGCGCGCGGAAGAACCAGUGUUCGAGGACAACACUCCUAUGAAAUUGCCUCCAAAACGGACACCGUUGAAGAUGAGCGGGCCAGGUAAUCUAUCGGCAAGGUUCACGCACUCCAGGACCAGAAACCAAACUAAGACGCCUACACCAAGGAAGACACCGAGUUCUAUCAGGAAGAAGAAGAUCCCAGCAUCAAUCGGAGCAGUUGGUCGUUUGAAGUUUAAGAAGCAAGUCCUACACGAGUCGAAGUGCUUGGAUGCUUUGGUACUUCACAACAUGUGCAAGAAAGUGGUGAUUCCCUAUAAUGGGAAGUUUGAAGCGAUUUUUGACAUCGCAGCACAUCGAACGCACGUCAUGUAUGGCACGGAUGAGGAGGACGAGGUUGAGACAACGAAUGAGGUGGAACCUGAUGACGCGACGGUACGUGAGGAUGUGCAUGAAGCAGUGUGCAGAGGAUUCUCUGUACGACAUCUUUGGGGUAUUGUUGAUUGCGUUACCAGAUGGAGGAAGGAUAUAAGUGUGGCUGAUGCGAAGAUCGAGGAGGUGUUAGACUAACCAUAGCGAGACUGUCUAUAUCUGGAGCCUGACGUUGAAAUCGG